AUGACAAUCCAGUCCGAAAUCGACAAGGACCCCGAUCCUUCGCAGAAAAUCACCAUCAACUCUCCUCGCGCUGAUCCAGAUCAUGAUACGGACGAAGAUGGCGGGAAAGCGACAACGCAGCACCUCAGUCCCAACGACAACAUCGUGGAGGCUGAUGCGAUGGUCGAGCAAACAGACCAUGAACAUGAAGUACGACAGCGCCUUCGCGACAGAUACCAGGUCGGUCAAGUGUUUUGGACUUUUAUCAACAAUCCAGAUGCUGACCUAAGCCCCAAUGGCGUGGGCGGAAAUCGGGACAUCACACUUGGGGGCUUGCGGCUGGCAGGUUGGCGACCUGUCAUUGUUCUCGAUAUAUUUUCGGAGUUUUGCUCAGUUGCGGAGAUAUGUCAUCCAGGCCGUCAAUACUUCGACGGACUAUCACUCCGUGAACUUGUGGAGCGUGGGUACGUUGUUAUGGACGCCAGCGAAAGUUUUGAUUACGCGUCCCUUUCCGAGGAUCACCACCUCUUCCGCUCUAUUGGAGAACCUUUCAGGGUUAACUAUCAUAAUGAUGAAGGAAAACAGCGGCUAUUAGGAUGGUCGUUAGUGCAGCCACUGCGUGUUCACAGCCCAGAUUUCGAGCAUAUGGGUACACUCUGUGGUCAUCUUACUGAGGAAUCUACUGCGCGAUUGUUGGCAGUUAGGAAAAGCAGUUGCCGCUUGUCAGAGACUGUAGAAUCAGUAUACGACCUCGAUUUUACGCGAGCACCGAUCCCCAACCAGCUUACGCCAGAGUAUCGAACAGCAAUACUGUGGAUCAAGAAUGAGAUUCGCCGACCAGUACCUCCUCCCGGUAGUCCUGCGACCGCCAACGACGCACGUCUAGAUAUCAGUGAGCUUUUCGACUUCUCCUCAACUAUACCCAAUCGCGGGCACGCAGUCUCACCGUCUCUCAUCAUGAAGAAAGCCAGAGACGCGUCUUAUGAAUGCUUGAAAUCUGCAGAAAUCACCAAGGUCCAGACCGAGAGCCUACUUUAUCAGGCAGAGGAGGAGUAUGACGAUAUUCAAGCUAAUUGGUGGGCAUCUACUGCCGAGCGAAACAGUCUAAGGCGCAAGCGGAAUGAUGCCGAGGCGGAAUGGGAAGUGGCAUUACUCCAGGAGAAGGGCUAUGGAGAGCUUUUCAUUGAGCUCAUAAAUCUCCUCCCUGAUCAGUCCCAAUUCCAGGGCCAGGGUGAGGACGUGCAACUUUGCUCGACUCUAUCCCGCAAGUUCACCAAGGUUCAGAUCGAUGUUUGGAACGCCAGAGCCUUUCUUGAUCAACGUAGGCGCACUCAGCUUUCUCAGCAGCGGUCUUGCUUUGGCUGCAUCGCAGAUGUAUCUUGA